AACGACGCGCUUGUUGUCUCGCUCUCAGUUGAAGCCGGGGCUCGCCGCGCAAGGAACAAAGCGUGAAAGCUGGAGCUAUGGGAAUUAAUGCAGCCGACAUCGACGACCAGUCACUUCUCCCUUAUUAUCUGAAACCUGUCGACUUGGUGAAAGCGGCCGCGCCGUCCCAGCAGUGGUGGAGCUGCUGGUGCCAGUAAAGAACCGAAUCGGCGGCGGUCCAUAUGGGGGGGUCGUUGCCGAUUCUAGCGCAGUAGGAGCGAGUCGAGCGGGGCAGUGGCAUAAUGCGGAGUGAGGCGGCUCGCCACAAGAACACGGUAAAAUGAGCCAGUGUGCGAGCAAUGGACCCCUGGCAGCUCCAGCAGCGGCCACCAGCAAACUCUUUAUCGCCUAGCCCUGCUAACUAUGGGAGCUUUUAGCUUGUUGUGGUGCUUUCUUCCCUCGCUCUUAGCUUGGUCCGCAGCGACGAUGAAUUGGAGCAUCCUUACGCUGCUGUUUGUGUUGCUUGGUGACAUUGCAGCUCAAAUAGAACCAACUUCAAAAGCUGCUUUAACCCCUCCUGGUAAAUAUUCCCACAUUGAUCAUGCCACAGGAAAGCAAAUUUACUGUGAUAAGUGCCCUGCAGGAACCCACGUGUCCCAACAUUGCACGUCAACAGUGCUGAGAGAGUGCAGUCCUUGUAAGAAUGGCACUUUCACGAAGCAUGAAAAUGGCAUUGAACAUUGUCACACCUGUAGGUCCUGUGUGCCCCCUAUGAUUGAAACAUCCCCCUGCAAAGCCCUUUCUGACCGUGAAUGCACUUGCCCACCUGGUACUUUUCUGUCCAACAAGUCGUGUGUGCCCCACUCUGUUUGCGCUAUCGGCUGGCGUAUCAGGAAAAAGGGGAGUGAGACAGAAGAUGUCAAGUGCAAGCCUUGUACUCGUGGCACUUUUUCCAAAGUGCCUUCUAGUUCCAGGUGCAAAGCUUUCACCGAUUGUUCAGAACUGGCUCUGGUGAUAAUAAAACCAGGAACCCGUGAAAGGGACAACAUCUGUGGCUUACCAAGCACAAUUCGGAGUACAACCAUCAACUCGCCAAGCACAGAGUCGACUCAUGACAACAAAGCAGUUCUACCUGAUGCCUCCAAUUUAUCAGGUAUUUCUGACCAAUCAAGCACCACUGCUGCGUCUGCAACAACGCCAACUAUCAGUGGAGUCACCAAAGAAGCACACCUUUGGCAUUCUCCUCAUUUGCGCACAAAUCCUGCUCUUUCAGCUUCGAUGAAUUUUCAGCCAGUAAUGGAGACAUCAGGAACAGAUGCUGAUUCCAGACCUCGCAGGAAAGGCCCACCCAGACCAAGUGCACACAAGCACUUCGACAUCAAUGAACAUUUACCGUGGAUGAUUGUUCUCUUUCUACUGUUGGUGCUGGUGGUGACAGUAGUCUGCAGUAUCAAGAAAAGCUCCCGUGUGCUCAAAAAAGGCCCCAAGCAAGACCCCAGCAGCAUUGUUGAAAAAGCCGUUCUUAAGAAGCCUAUUGCCCCUACCCCAAAUAAAGAGAAGUGGACUUACUGUUCAAAUGGGCAAGGUGUUGAUAUUCUGAAACUUGUGGCAGCUCAGAUUGGGAGCCACUGGAAAGAUGUCUAUCAAUUUCUUGCCAAUGCAGCUGAACGGGAAGUAGCGGCUUUCUCUAAUGGGUAUUCAGCGGAUCAUGAACGAGCUUAUGCAGCCUUACAACACUGGACCAUUCGAGAUCCUGAAGCCAACUUGGCAAAACUCAUUAGUGCUCUUCGUCGCUAUAAGCAAAAUGAUGUGGUAGAAAACAUCAGGGGACUAAUGGAGGAUACCUCUCAGCUGGAUGUUGAGAAGCUUGUUUUGACUCCCAGCUGUAAAAAUGGUCUGACUCCAAAUCCAGCUGUUCCCAACACGAAUGUUGAACCAUCUCCAGCUGAUAAGACAAAAGUCUUUUUUGUUGAUGAAUCAGAACCUCUCCUUCGCUGUGACUCAACUUCAAGUACUUCAUCUUCAGUUCUUAGUAGAACUGGUUCCUUCAUUUCCAAAGAGAAGAAAGAUACCAUUUUACGGCAGGUACGCUUAGAUCCUUGUGACUUGCAGCCUAUCUUUGACGACAUGCUUCACAUUCUUAACCAAGAGGAGCUUGGAAUCAUAGAAGAAAUAUGCCAUGCCGAGGACAAACUGGACAAGCUCUUCGAGAUUGUGGGAGGCAAGAGUCAGGAUGCCAGCCAGAAACUCCUGGACUCUGUUUAUAGUCAUCUACCUGAUCUCCUCUAAUCUCAUGUGGCAUUGUACAUGAUUAGUCCUACUUGGUGGUAACGGCCAUUCAGUGCCGGUAGUUGAAAACAAAGCUUGCACUUGCUCAAGCUGUUAGGGGCGACGAGCUCCUCAAAGUGACGUUCUUGGGUCAAUCACAUUGAUCUCUGGAAUGUGAAGUUUGCUUCCACUGAAGCAUGGCAUCCACCUGGCAUGCAGAAGCCAGAAAUUUUGUCAGCCUUUCUUUGCAUUUUUUAUUUUCAUUAACUGAAAUGCAUUCCUAGGCAAAUUGUGUGCAAUUUUUAAUAUUCCAUUUUGCUAUAUUUAACUUACAUGGGAUAUUAUUAUGUACCUGUGCACUAACUUUAAGCAACUCAAGUAAGAGUGGAAUAGUGAUGUCUUCUAUGGAACUUGCUUUGAUUUUUAUUUUCUAAAUGUGCUAAACUUUGGAUGCUAAAUGUUCUGCUUUUAAUGCUAAGGUCAUGUUUCAUUUUAUUUUCUCAGCUUCAUUAGUUAGUUUUGGUUUUUGCUGUUGAAAUGGCUGCAGAAAUGGCUCUGAUUCAUAAAAUCAUACACUUGGGGCUUUAACAAAUAACAUACUACUUGAACCAAGCUGUUGUACUUGUGUCCUUUUACACUUGUUUUCAGCAGAUUUCUUAAACGGUAAUGAAAUGAACUGCUUACUAGGAUGCCAUGGUGAUUCUGGGUUAUUGUAUUAAAUUGUUAUAGCUGGUAGAAUGCUGUUUGUGGGAGAAACUGCUUUCCAAAAGAGAAUCUUGAAAUGCUUCACCAGUUGGGAUGAUAUAGCUGGUUAUAUAUCGAGCAGGACUGGUGCUACACUGCAGAGGUUUUCACAACUUUAGUGGUACUACUACUAUCACAAAACUAGCUACAAAUGGAUAAAAGAAAACACAACCUAUUUUUAGCACAAUGGUCUUCAAAGAUGGAGAAGGAUAUGCUUGUUUUGGUAUUUUUUUUUAAUCUACUUAGAACAUGUCUUACUGGUUCAGGGUGAUACUAAUUUAUUCAGGGUACAAAUAAUUGUGUGUUUAUUACUAUUAUCCGGUUGAAAUCAUGAGGCAUUUAACUUUACUGAUUAUAUCACUGAUGUAAGCUAUUAACAUGGUACAUCCUAAUAAAAGUUCAAACUGCUUUUUUUCCACAA